AUGGCCGAUCCGGUGGCCACCGUGGAGAAGAUCGUCAAAAUCGGGCUCAAGAUCAAGGACGCCGUGGACACAGUGCGCCAUAACCAGGAGGAAUGCCAGGAGAUCAGGAAGCGCGUGCUCAGAUUCAGCGCUAUCCUGUCGCAGCUGCAGCAGACGGGGGUGAUUGAGGCUAGCCCUGCGAUGAGCGGCGCCCUGGAGGAUUUGGAGGAAAGCCUCCAGCACGCCCUCGAGCUCGUGACGGCGUGCCAGGAGACGAGCACCCUCCGGCGCCUCAUCACGGCUGGGGAUCUGUCCAAACAGCUGCGCCGGGAGACGAGCACCCUCCGGCGCCUCAUCACGGCUGGGGAUCUGUCCAAACAACUGCGCCGGGUAAAAGAUGACAUCUUGAACAAAGUGAUGCUGGCGUCCUUCGCCAUCAACACCCACACCACUAUUGUAUUGCUUACUAUCCAGGCUGGUGGGGAUCCUCCGCGCCGGCAGCCAGAGGAUGCAGGACUGCCGACUGUAUCACAUAACACUAAUUCAACUGAAAAUGCUGGUGGCAGAUCUGGCUUGAAUGCCAAGAAAAACCAUGCACUAACAGGAAGUGAUGCCCACUUUGCUCCUUUAGUAGCCUUAAGAAGGUUCAGUAUAUCUGAGUUAAAGGCAGCAAUAAAUGGAGGAAACAUUAUUGGAGUAGGUGGCUCUUGUUAUGUCUACAAGGGUAUACUAAAUGAUGGAAAUGUCGCCGCUAUCAAGAUGUUCAAAAGAUCACAUAAACUAGGUUGGGUGCGUACUUAUGAUCAACUUCUCCUAGCUUCGAAGCUUCAACACAAAAAUAUAGUGAAAGUUUUAGGAUAUGGCCAUGAAGUUGGAUCUUCUUCUAUGAUAACGCGCCUGUUGAAAUACAAAAACGGUCAAGCCAGAGAAAGGGAAUAUUUUUGGGUUGAAGAAUACAUGCCAAACGGAAGCUUGGCCAAGAUUACCCAUGAGUCUCAAAUUGAUUGGCCGUCCCUCUGCAGAAUAUUUGAAGGGGUAGCCCAGGGAAUACAUUACCUACAUAAACAGCACAUUGUCCAUAUGGACCUGAAACCAGGCAACAUCCUCUUGGAUUCUGAUAUGAAUCCUAGGAUUAUUGAUUUUGAGUUAUCUAUAGUGCUGAAGGAUGAUGAGAUCAUCGAGGACUGCGUCAUAGGAACAUAUGGAUACAUGGCUCUGGAAUACAUUCUACAUGCUAUUAUAUCAGUGAAAAAGGAUGUGUUUGCUUUUGGCGCUAUCCUUCUGCAGACCCUUAGCGCUAUGAGCAGAUCUGAACAACGUAAUCGCCACUUUUUAUAUGAAUGGGCUUGGGAGGCUCUGGAAGUUGAACGAACAGAUGACUUGUUUGAUCGGUCAUUGUUUGAUGGAUCUCAGCUAACGGAGAUCAAAAGGUUCGUGGUGAUAGGGCUGCUGUGUCUUCAGGAUGACAGGGCAGACCGGCCCACGAUGGCGGAAGUUCUUGAGAUGCUAAAUGGAAAGGAAGAGUUGCCGACGCCAAAGAAAUCAGCCUACCGCAAAUCAGAUGAAGAAAGAUCCGACUGA